AUGUCAUUCAUUUUUUUUCAAUAUGCUUUCAGAUUUGAUGAAAAAGAAAAUGUAUCCAACUGCAUUCAGUUAAAAACCUCAGUAAUAAAAGGCAUUAAAAACCAGCUGAAUGAACAGUUCCCUGGGAUAGACCAAUGGCUCAACCAGAUUAUGCCAAAAAAGGACCCUGUGAAAAUAGUGCGAUGCCAUGAACAUAUUGAAAUUUUAACUGUAAAUGGAGAGUUAUUGUUCUUUAGACAGCGAGAGGGUCCUUUCUAUCCAACACUGAGGCUGCUUCACAAAUAUCCUUUUAUUCUUCCACAUCAACAAGUUGAUAAAGGAGCUAUAAAGUUUGUUCUAAGUGGUGCAAAUAUCAUGUGCCCGGGUUUAACAUCCCCUGGAGCGAAGCUUUACCCAGCAGCAUCUGACACAGUGGUUGCAAUAAUGGCAGAGGGAAAGCAACAUGCUCUUUGUGUUGGCGUCAUGAAGAUGUCUGCAGAUGAUAUUGAAAAGGUCAAUAAAGGCAUUGGCAUUGAAAAUAUUCACUAUUUAAAUGAUGGAUUGUGGCACAUGAAGACCUACAAAUGA